UUGUGUGAACGUCGCACCAUUCUAACUAACUCAACUGGUCUUUCUCACUUGCAAAUGUCUCAGAUAUUCCUGACGAACUCUCCUAAGCACUGCGCCAAGCACGGACUCAACGUAAACAAAUUACCAAAGAAGCUACUUUACGGCUUCUCCACCUUUCUAUUCUCUCUUUUCUCACUCGUCAUUUUCGUCUGGUUAAUCCUACGCCCUUCCAAGCCAGAAUUCUACCUGAAAGGGGCCGAUAUCUACCAACUCAACCUCUCAUCCCCUCACCUUCUGAACUCUUCCAUACAACUCACUCUGGUGUCGAAGAACCCAAAUAAGAAAGUUGGGGUCUACUACGACCAGCUCCAAAUCUACGCCUCCUACAAGGGCCAACAGAUAACCGUCUACACAUCUCUCCCUCCAUUCUAUCAAGGCCAUGAAGAUAGCAAUCUCUUAACAGCUUCCUUGGUAGGAACAGGGCUCCCUGUGGCCCCUUCUUUUGGUUAUGAAGUGGGUCGGGAUCAGACGACGGGUAGACUGAUUUUAAGUCUGAAAGUGAACGGACGGCUCCGAUGGAAGGUUUGGACCUGGGUUUCCGGCCCCUAUAGGUUUAAUGUCAACUGUGUUACGAUUAUGGUUUUUGGGGCAGACGACGUUGUAUCAUCAUCAGCAGCAGCAGCCCCUUUGAGUUCCAAACAAGGGUCUACCUGUUCUACUACUGUUUGA